ACCAGAUAACACGGUCACCAGAUAAACCGUAACACCAGCUGAGCCACGUAAAAGGGUGGAGACUAAUGUUAUUCCAACCAAGCAGGCAAAAUGUCAUCGCAACGCCUUUCAAAGCUUUUAAGACCAAGGCAGCCUAAACAAAGUGAAGAUGAUGAAGAAGGUACAAGAAGCAGACAGAGAAACUCAGAGUUCGCCUGGACAGAGAAUACUGUUCACAGGUCCAGACGGCAUUGAAGAUUUCCGUCCCAGGUUGGACUAUUUCCCCCGCAGCAUUGGAAUCGGCCUGUUAUCUCCAGAUGCCACGAGUGAUCUCAACUACCUCUUCCGGCCUGCAGCACACGCGACCCCGCCGUUACCGAAACACUGCUACGUCGGAGAAGUGGGCUGGGGUCUGCAGUACUCCACUGCACUCAACAGACGAACUGUCAUCAACUGCAAACAAUAUGAGCUCGACAGAUUUCAAUCAGCUGUGCAGGACGAAGUGCCUCACGGCCCAUGGCAGAAUCAGUCUCAGUUUCGGGACAAACAACCGACCUGCGGGAAGCUUGCUUGGAACCACAGCGCACAUGAUGCCUACAGCGAGGACGACAACAAACAGUUCCCGCUUAACCAGGUGAGAUAUGAACAAAUGAUACGCACUCUGAACCCAGUAUAA